AUGUGGCCAGGAAUUCAAUGGGUAUCUGCAGAGGUAACUGAGCAUACUAGAUGGCUGGUUGGUGAUACUGAUGUGUGGGUAAAAGAAAAAGCUUUAAAGGAUAUAUUCCCUGACAACAAUAUUAUGAUACAAAAUCAAGAACUGAAGGUAGCAGAACUGAUAAAAGAUGGAGAAUGUCAGAUUCCAUCAAACUUUUUCCAGUUUUUUGCAUCUACAGAACUUCCAGUUAUUGAUCAUAAAGGAGACAUGAGGAUAUGGAGUGCAACUUCAUCUAGUAACUUCUCUGUAGAUUCUGCUUAUAAUUGUAUAAGGAAAAAAUUUCAACCAGUGAAUUGGGAAAAAACAUUUUGGCACAAGAGUGUACAUCCAAAUGUCUCUAGUAAUGUUUGGAAGAUUUUGAGGGGAGUUGUUCCAACAGAUGAAACAAUGAAGAAGAAGAAAUUCCAGAUAGCAUCAAGAUGCCCCUUCUUGAAUACUUGGAGUUGGCUUGGUGGUAUGUUUCAAUUCACAAAUCCUAGAUAUUUUAAUGAUAUUCUCAAGUUCUCAAAACACAAGAGUCCAAUAGUAAAAGAAUUGUGGAGAGUAGCUGCUCUUACAACUUUAAGAGAGAUAUUGUUCUUGAAAAAUAGAAUAAUUUAUGAAAAUGAACAACCAAAUCUGAAAGCACUUAAACAGAAUGUUAUGCAGUUCACAAAAGAGUCUGAGGUUAGAACGAAAGAAAACAUGUGGAAUUCUCCUUAUGAUCUGCAAAUUUUGAAAUCAUUUGAUUUGAAGUGUAGAAGUGUGAAGUCAACAAGAAUCAGGGAAAUAUAUUUCUUCCUGCCACAUCCUUCAUUUAUUAUGACAUGCUGUGAUGGUGCUUCUAGAGGCAAUCCAGGGGAUGCUGGAUUUGGAUUUAUAUGCAUACAAGGCAUUGGAGAAUACAUUUAUGCAAUGGCUGGGGGUUUGGGUGUGGCUACAAAUUUUGUGGCAGAAGUCUUUGCAGUACUUUGUGCAGGGGAAUGGGCAAUUAGUAAAAACUUUCCUAAAGUUUGUUUCCAAACUGAUUCUCAGGCAACAAUAACAACAUUUCAAUCUGAACAGAUUCCUUGGUGGGCUUGUACAAGAUGGAAUAAGAUAAAAAGCACUCUACAAGAAUGGUACUUUAUUCAUAGCUACAGGGAGACAAAUUUCUCAGCGGAUUCAAUGGCGAAAAAAAAGGAGCUGGAAUGGCUAAGGGAGAAAAAAGAGGUUAUAUUUCCAAACCAUAUUUUAUCAAAACAAUGGAAGUACCAGAAACGCCCUAUUACAGAUUUGACUAAGUUUAGUUAUUGUUUAGCUUACUUUCAAUGUAUCAAAAAAUCCCAUGUAAAUUCAAUGGGCUUGUUUUUGUAA